GCACUGGAGCUGAGAGGACAAAGGGCAUUUUCAGUCAAGUGCAGGCUGGGAAGAGAGAUGGCUGGGCUGAAUGCACGCAGUGUCCUGGUGACUGGGUCCAAUCGGGGUAUUGGCUUGGAGCUGGUGAGGCAGCUGGUUGGGAAAAGCAACCGGCCAGAAUGGAUCUUUGCCGCCUGCCGGGACCCAGAGGGACCACGCGCCCAGGUCUUGAAGGAUUUGGCUGCCAAGCAUCAGGGAGUGGAGAUCAUCCAACUGGACACUUCUGAGCCCUCUAGCGUCAAGGAUGCUGCAACCAGAGUCACUGAAUGGCUUAAAGGGGUUGGGCUGACCCUUCUGAUAAACAAUGCUGGAAUUGCAAGGGUAAACUCAGGUAUGGAAGCUGAGACGCCGGAGGACAUGUCUGAAGUGUACAAGACCAAUGUGAUUGGGCCCAUGAUGGUGGGCCAGGCAUUCCUGCCCUUGCUGAGGAAGGCAUCUCUGGAAAGCCCCCAGAAUGGGAUGAGCUGCAGCAAAGCUGCCAUUGUCAACAUCUCUAGUGAAGCUGGCUCCAUCACAAAUCUCUUCAUGUGGGAGCAUGCACAAGUUGUCAAUUACCGUUGCAGCAAGGCUGCUCUGAAUAUGUUGACGCGGUGCCAGUCCCUGGGAUAUGCCAACGACAAAAUCCUGUGCAUUGCACUGCAUCCUGGGUUUGUGCAGACAGACAUGACAGGUGGAGGGUUACUCACAGUGAAUGAGAGUGUGCAAAGCAUCCUGAAAACCCUUUCCCAUCUCUCAGAGAAAGACACUGGGACUUUUGUGAAUUGGCAGGGGAAUGUACUUCCUUGGCUUAUGCAAGCCUUGCUAGAUAAGUUGAGAGCUACAUUUGGUGCUACGGUUGGGCUGAACAAAUCUGUUCAGCGCAGGCUGGGAAGAGAGAUGGCUGUGCUGAAUGCACGCAGAGUCCUGGUGACUGGGUCCAAUCGGGGCAUUGGCUUGGAGCUGGUGAGGCAACUGGUGCGGAAAAACAACUGUCCAGAACAGGUCUUUGCCACUUGCCGGGAUCCAGAUGGACCACUUGCCCAGGACUUGAAGAAUUUGGCUGCCAAACACCAGGGAGUGGAAAUCAUCCCACUAGAUACUUGUGACCCAUCCAGCAUCAAGGCUGCAGCAACUAAAGUCACCAAGCUGCUGAAAGGAGCUGGGCUGAAUCUUCUGAUUAACAACGCUGGGAUUUUAAAGCUAAGCUCUCUUGAGACAGAGACACCAGAGAACAUGGCUGAGGUGUACAAAACCAAUGUGAUUGGCCCCAUGAUGCUGAGCCAGGCAUUCCUGCCCUUGCUGAGGAAGGCAUCUCGGGAAAGCCCCCAGAAUGGGAUGAGCUGCAGCAAAGCUGCCAUUGUCAACAUGUCCAGUGAAGGUGGCUCUAUCACAACUGUCUACAUGUGGCAUUUGGCAAAUGUGGUCAGUUACCGUUGCAGCAAGGCUGCUCUGAACAUGCUUACACGGUGCCAGUCCCUGGGAUUUGACAAAGAUGAAAUCUUGUGCAUAGCGUUGCAUCCUGGGUUUGUGCAGACAGAUAUGGGAAGUUCAGUGGGACAAGGCCCUCUGACAGUGGAUGAGAGUGUGCAAGCAAUCCUGAAGACCCUUUCCCAUCUCUCUGAGAAAGACAAUGGCACUUUUGUGAACUGGGAGGGAAACACCCUUCCUUGGUGA